UCCCUUCUCGAAUCGAACAAAAGCCUCAUUUCUGACCUCCCCUCUUUGUGUGUGUGUGUGUGUGAUUGUCUCUCCCGUUUAAAUCCACCCGUAGAGACCUCCUCUGCAUCUUGACCUUCGCGUGACCUCACCCUCCACGCUCUUCCUUUGUCUUCCCCCCCCCCCCCCCCCCCCACCACUGUGUGGCUUUUCCUCCUUGGACAGAAACACCUUUUUGAAUCUGAGCGUCCGAAGACGAGCAUAAAAAGCUAAUUCAGCAGCAUCGGCGUGCAGCAGUGAGCGUCCUCUUUGGCGGCUGCAAGGGGAGAAUCGCUGUGAUUGGCUCAAUCGCCGGCACAUCAGUAAAAUAAUGACGUUAAAUGAAUUCUUCUUUGCUUCAAUCCAGAGCGACUCGCUGCCUCUGGAUGACUUUGACACUGCUCGACUUUUUAUGAACCACAACCGGCCUCGUCGCCGCGUGCCGAGAGCACAAAGUCGCCGGUCAGGAGACGCAGAGACCAAAGCACAUUGUCCAGGAUCUUCAACCUGUGAUGCUCUCACCAGAGACCAGGAGAAACCAAGUCCCGUCCACCCCCAAAACGCUGGAGCACCAUCUUCUAAGCCCUCGGCCGAGGACAAGGCCGCAGAGCCGGCGGGACGAGAGGAAGGAGAGGAGCAGGCGGCGGACUCACAACCUCUAGAAAUGCUAACCCACUAACACAAGCCCCCCCGCCCCCCCUCCACUCCCCCCCUCUGUGUGUGUCUGCACGGUGACGUUGAAGGAGGUUGCAGGCGGUCACUGGGCCUGUCUCUGUCUCUCUAACACUCCUCCCACGGAUAUCGCUCGUCCUGCUGUUUAUGACAGGUGUGGUGUUGCCCCCCCCCCCCGUGAGAACCACCCCGCCGAGUACCUCGGUCCGACGGCGCUAGCGUCCAGCUGUCUGUGUUCGUUUGCGUUGCCGAGUGGCUCCAUGUCUGUCUGUGGCUGCUGUGAAACGUAUGUCGCAAAGGAAAUCUGCAGUCAGUAUGUGGACAAUAAUAUUGUGUUUAAUAUUGUGGUAGGCACUGUUUUUGUUUCAUUGUGCUUCAGUGUAAUUAAUGCAGAUGUACAGAAUGAUGUCAUUUGAAGAAAAAAAACGAAUAAAAGGCCCUUUUUAGAUGCACUGUUGCAUAACCAAAGACCACUCUUUUCUUCUAUAUUGUAGCUUUUGCAUGGAUCUCGUUAAUUUGAGUUUUCUUACAUUGAGUUUGAGGUUUUGACGUAAUGUGUGUUUCAUUCAGAAGAUGACGGUUGGUUUUAAUGCGAUGGCGAGAGAGGAAGUGGGUUGAAGGUUUGAGGUCAAAGCACCCUUAGGUGGGAUGAGGAGCACUGAAUGUUGAAUCCAAAUGUUCUGACACGUAUUUUGUCCAUUUUGUUUUGUUCAUAAUAAAUGACAUUUCUGCUCUCGUUCGUACAUGUUUGUGCAUGUUUGUAUGUUCACUUUAACGGGAUGGUCCGUGAAACUGUAAAGGUUGUAUUUCUUCUGACGUCGUGUUUCCUUUUUAAUCCUCAGACUAACUGACAAAUAAACACUCUUCUCUCAGCUAUUAAAUGUUUUCAAAUCCAA